CCGGCUGCCUCAAUCCAUUUAGCGUCAAAAGUAGAUACGGUUGAAAUAGGACUUUCUUCAGAAAGCUCGUUAACGCCUAAUACAAGAAUAUUUGUUAAUUUAUUAUAUUUAAUUUGCUAGUGACGAUCAUCAUGGCUUAGAGUGUUUCGAUAACUUCGGGUUAAUUUUAUGCAGGAGAGCAGCGAGCAUGGGUGCGAAACAGAGCAAGCGGUCGGUGGACAUAAGCGGCAAGGAGGCGGAGGGCGCCGGCGAGGUGGCGGCGGCGGGCGCGGGCGGCGAAGGCCGCGUGGAGGCGCUGGCCGACGCUGAUGCACUCAAGCCCCAGAUCAACGGCGACGCGCAUAUACACGAACAGACGGAAAAAGAGAAACAGUUGGACAGCGGCACGCCGGAGAACGAGAAGGACGCCACGACAGAGAAGGAGGGUAAGGAGGCCGAGGAAGAGGGCGACAAGGAUAAGGAGGUAGCCCCCGUGACCAACGGCGACACCGAGCCCAAGCCCGAGAAUGGAGACUCGCCCGCGCCCGAAGACGGGAAGAAACCCAAGAAAGAAAAGGUGAAGAAGAAAUGGUCGCUAAGAUCGAUCAGUUUCAGCAGAAAAGAUAAACCCAAGCAGGAGAAAAAGCAAAAAGAUGAAGAGCCCAAGACGAACGGCGAGCCAGAGAAAGUACCCGAGGAGGCGGCCGAAGUUACCCCUGAAAAUGCGGCAAGUGAAGUGGCUGAAGAAGCAAAGCCGGAGGCGGCCAAAGAAGAGAAGACCCCGGAGACUCCAGUAACUGAACCUCUGACUAACGGCAGCAGCACACCCGAGUCGGCUAAAGCAGAAAGUCCAGCAAUUGAGGAACCUGCUGCGCCUGUGGAGCCUGUUGUGGCUCCCACGCCCGAGGCUCCCGUCGACGCUGACAAGCCCGAACCCAAGGCUGUAGUUCAGCCCGACCAGCUACCCGUCAACGGACUCUCCUUAGAAGAACCAAAAACCGAAGUACCCGAAGCUAAACUUGAGGAAAGCAAACCUGAAGAACCCAUCGCAGAAAAGACAGAAACUGCUCCAGUUCCCGAAAUCCCUGUUAUAAAAGAGGUUUGUGUUGAACAAAUGCCUUUAGAACCCUCGCCUCCACCUCUUCCUGCAAAUCCUCCUCCUUCUUCGGUGGUAUCCUUUGCCGCCACCACUAUGGCACCAGAAUUGACAGACGCUUCGCUAGCUAACACUGCUGAACUUGCAAUCUCAGCACCAACCACUGUCCCUGACACUGAUGCAAUCAAUCAUAACGAACCCCUAGCAGACCUCACCGAAUUGAAAUGUGAUAAUAAUACUGAAUCCGUUGCCACUGAACUUCCCCCUCCUCCGAAGGAAGAAAAAUCUGAUGAAAUCAAAACUGAAGUUACGCUCGAGGUGCAGCCGGCCUUGGAGAAGAGUCAGCCCGUAGCGGAGACGGUACAUACAGAGAAAGCUGAACCAGAACCAGAAGCUGAGAAAAUUCCAGAAGUAGAAGUACAGAAGGCGGAAAGCCUACAGGAAGAAUUGAAUACACCCGAACUAGAAAAGACAGAAGAGAAGAUCGACAAUGUGACGUUACAUGUCGAAGACCAACCGGAAGUCGAGACUGUAGGCCAUAAAAUCGAAACAGUAGCAGCAUGUGAAACCGCCGUUACGAAAGUGAGCGAGGUUGUGAUUCCUGAAGUACACACUAUUGAAACCAUCGAGCUAUCGACAGAAAAUAUUACACCACCCCAAGAAUUAAAUAACAUUCAAGACGAACCCGAAGAAAUCGAUAUGCCUCCCGCGCCCGAAUCGGAUAAAAUCGACGACAUUUCUGAGCCGUCAGACGACACUCUAGAUUCCACUAGCGAUCUACCCCCGCCGCCGCCGAUGGACGUAGACGUCACAGAUACGGAAACCACCAAUCACACGGAGCCCAUUGUGCUCAACGGCGUAAAUAACGAGCAACUCAAUGGCAACGAUGACACACAGCAAGAAAAUUUAAAAAAUAAAACCAAGGAUUUGCUCGAAAACGCCGCGGAGACGGUCGAGUGCAACGGAAACAUAGAGGAGAAACCUCGGAAGGAGAGGGCAGCGUCGCCGGCGGGGGACGCCGGCGUGCCUGUGCCGCCCGCCGCCGCCAGCCCGGCGCCGCCCGCGGCCUCGCCGCCACCGCCCGCCGCUGCCGCCACGCAGGAACCUAUGCCGGUUGCAGACAAGCUAGCGGAUUUGAUCCCCGAGGUCCCUGUGGUACCAGAGCUUAAUACCGAAUCGGAGACGACGACCGACGUGGCUGUGACCAACUAAGCUUCGCUUCCACAAGAGACAUGUCGGAAAAUAAGCCUUUAAUUUAUUUCCAAUUUAGUACUGUGGAGUGAUGUCGAACUAAGUUCGAGCAUUAAUUUACAUUGUCAAAGAUGUGGAUUUCAGUUUCAAACGUGACCUUUCAUAUAGAACGAUUAUAGUAUAAGUUUAGCGUGCUUUGCUUCUGUAAAAUUAAGAUUUUAUACAUUUAUUCGCUAGGAUGGAGUUUUUUUUAUAAUUAUAUACAAUAACAAAGUUAUGUAGACAGUAUACGGUGCGAUAAGUUGGUGCCAUUAUUACAGGGGUAUUAGUUUGACGUCGCGUAUGACUCGCUCCUAAAUUACUUCUUGAUGAAAACUUAAUUUACAUUCACAUUGGUUGUUGUAAGUUAGUGCGUAAAAUUCUCCCUCCGAAUGUCCAUAAUUUUCGAAUACUUUUCAAUUACUUUCACAAGUGAUUGUGAUAACAUCACGAUCUCAACACUUGCUCGGUCUUGUAAAAGUAAUCAUAAUGGAUAUAAAAAAGUUAUUUUCUGUAGCAACGCGCGCUUAUGGGAGAACAUGUUAGCAAAAUUGAGUAGAUGAAUGAUUAUGUACUUUUAAUGAGAAAGACACAGAGGUAGGUCUCGAAGAGGUAACACAAGAUAUGUUGCGUUUGCAACUAUAAGAAGGUUUAAUAAUGUAUAUACCGGCUUGGGUAUGCGACCGCGUGCACCUGCAGCCCACCCGGCAUGUGUUAUGGCUUUUUAAAUUGAAAAGCUGUAAACAUAAAUUUGAAGAAUUUGGUCUUAUGUUCUAUUAAUGUACCACUUAAACAUGGUAAAAAUAUCAUCAGUGUUAGAGGACAUUACUAUUAUGUAUAUAUGAAUAAUUGAGUUUCAUACUUAUUUCAUACAAUAUUAUGUUCAUGUAAUAAUUCUGUUAAUUGUGUCAAAUCGAAGUUAAGAAAUUACGUUGUAAGUAAAUUGUUGAGGGUGAGUUUUAAACGAUGAAUUUCCAUUUAUCUCAUUAGUAUAUUAUGAAUUUUCACUAUAAUCUUUUGUAUUCAACUCCUAAUUUAUAUUAAGUUGUAUAAAUUUAGUUGGUCAGCUCUCUGUAAUGCAAAUUCAUGAAAUUUUUAUAAGCUAUUGGUAAGCCACUUUUAUUCCUAGUGAGAUACAUAAUUAUUCAGUAGUAUGUAAACAAUUCAGGCACUCGUUGCGAAAAAGGGAAUUGUAUGGUUGUCGAAUAUUAACUCAAUUAUGAAAUGAGUUAUUAAAUUAAAAAAAACAUUUUUGGACUUAUAUUCAAUGGCCAAGUUUUUUGAUUAUACUAUACAAUUUAUAUGCAUAUACAGACAUACAUAAUUAUAUUGUAUUUAGACAGUAGUAGAAUGUAACAUGUUAGUGAAGACAGCGCGACAAUAGGGGCUGUCGUUAGUGUAUCGAUUUCCACCUCAUACAUAAAAUUAGACGAUUCAUAAGAUUUGAUAUUAUUAUACAAUAUGUGUCAUUUUCUGUAGUAUUCCGAGUCCAGUAAUUGUAUGGUUUCAUAAUCAUUUUUGUAAUUUUAUACAUUUUUUAUGAAAUUGGAAGUGACACAUCUGCAUGAUUGGGGGACCUGCUCCAAAUAUAUUAGCAGUAAACACGAGUGAGACAUUCCAUAUCAAUCUUCUAACCGCUUCCCCUUACAAUCAAUCUCUAAUAACAACUCUUAUCAGCUAGCAACUUAUUGCUGGUAAUAUGAUUAUCACAUACUCUUGAUGGUGUACGAUGCCAUGUUGUAUGUAAAGUUAGCUGUAAUAGCAUUCAUAGUUCUUAGAAACCUUUCAAAGUUGUAAAAUAACAACAUGCAGACUGGCUCUUCUUUCAAACAUUGUAUACUACUAGGUUUAUGGUCAACAUUUUGUUAAGGAUUGUGUCGAUAUCCUGCAACAAUCAUUUUUUCAACUUAGUAGUCUGGAAUAUUGUGGGAUCUUAACACAGUCUGAACUUGUUGCAUACUUGAACAUUGUCACUAAUUGAAUUUUUACAUAAUUUGAAAUAUACAUAGCUAUUUUGCUCACUUGCUAUUCGGAAUUGUACGAUAUUUUAAUAUGUAUGUUAUUCCAAUUAUUGAACUUAAUGUUGAUGUGUGAAUGUCUCUAAUCAAUAAAAAUUUUAAAACUA